AUGGGGAGGAAAGGUGGGAUGUUCCGCUAUGCCAAUGGCAUAGACAUGUUGCUGAUGCUGCUUGGAACUCUGGGUAGCAUUGGAGAUGGCUUGAUGUCACCGCUCACCAUGCUCGUUCUCAGUGAUGUGAUCAACGAGUAUGGAGAUGUUGACCCAUCUUUCUCCAUCCAAGUGGUGGACAAGCACUCACUCUGGCUGUUCUGUGUUGCUAUUGGAGUGGGAAUAUCUGCUUUUAUUGAAGGAAUUUGCUGGACAAGAACAUCAGAGAGGCAGACAUCCCGCAUGAGAAUGGAAUACCUAAAGUCAGUCCUCAGGCAAGAAGUUGGUUUCUUUGACAAACAAGCUGCUUCUUCUACUACCUUCCAAGUCAUAUCCACCAUCUCUUCUGAUGCUCAUUCAAUCCAAGAUGUUAUAUCUGAGAAGAUACCCAACUGCUUGGCUCACCUCUCAUCAUUCAUCUUCUGCCUCAUAGUUGCCUUCUUUCUUUCUUGGCGAUUGGCAGUUGCUGCUCUUCCGUUCUCGCUAAUGUUCAUCAUUCCAGGGGUAGGAUUUGGAAAGCUAAUGAUGAACCUGGGGAUGAAGAUGAAGGUAGCUUAUGGGGUUGCAGGUGAGAUUGCAGAGCAAGCAGUCUCAUCAGUCCGAACAGUUUAUUCUUAUGCGGGGGAGUGUCAAACUCUAGACAGGUUCAGCCAUGCCCUUCAAAAAAGUAUGAAGCUUGGCAUAAAGCUAGGAUUCACAAAGGGGCUGUUGAUAGGAAGUAUGGGAACGAUUUAUGCAGCUUGGGCUUUUCAGGCUUGGGUUGGGACUAUUCUUGUUACUGAGAAAGGAGAGGGAGGUGGCUCUGUUUUCAUUUCUGGAGUCUGCGUCAUCCUGGGAGGACUGUCUAUUAUGAAUGCACUCCCAAAUCUCUCUUUCAUCUUAGAGGCAACAGCUGCAGCCACCCGAAUUUUUGAGAUCACUGACCGGAUUCCAGAAAUAGACUCUGAAAAUGAAAAAGGGAAAAUUCUUGCAUAUGUGAGAGGAGAAAUUGAAUUUAAAGAGGUUGAAUUCAGUUACCCAUCAAGACCCACUACCAAGAUUCUUCAAGGGUUCAAUCUUAAAGUGAAAGCUGGUAAAACAGUAGGCCUUGUUGGAGGUAGUGGUUCGGGCAAGUCCACAAUCAUUUCCUUGCUUGAAAGAUUCUAUGACCCUGUCAAAGGAAAUAUUCUCCUGGACGGACACAAAAUAAAGAGGCUUCAGCUUAAGUGGUUGAGAUCUCAAAUAGGUCUGGUCAAUCAAGAACCAGUCCUCUUCGCCACAUCCAUAAAGGAGAAUAUUCUGUUUGGCAAAGAAGGAGCUCCAUUGGAACUUGUUGUAAGAGCAGCUAAGGCAGCAAAUGCCCAUGGUUUCAUCUCCAAAUUGCCUCAAGGAUAUGAAACUCAAGUUGGGCAAUUUGGAAUUCAGUUGUCUGGAGGGCAAAAGCAAAGGAUUGCCAUUGCAAGGGCUUUAAUAAGAGACCCAAGAAUCCUUCUUCUUGAUGAAGCUACAAGCGCUUUGGAUGCAGAGUCUGAAAGAAUAGUACAGGAAGCACUGGAUCAAGCUUCCUUAGGAAGGACAACAAUCAUGAUUGCCCAUCGCCUCUCGACGAUCCAUAAGGCCGACAUAAUAGUGGUUCUUCAAUCAGGAAGAGUGGUUGAAUCGGGUUCUCACAAUGAUCUGAUCCAGAUAAACAAUGGACAAGGAGGGGCCUAUAGCAGAAUGUUGCAAUUGCAGCAAUCAGCUAUGCAAAGUAACUCCAGUUUCUAUCGUCCAGCGGAUGGCACAAGCCAUAGCAGAACGAUGAGUGCCCAGACUCCGGUAAGCGUGACCUCAAGCUUGCCAAGCAGUCCAGCUUUCCUCUUUAGCCCAGCAUUUUCCAUUAGCAUGGCACCCUCCAUCCAACUGCAUUCCUACGACGAAAGUGACAGUGAAAACCUGGAGAAAUCUUCUUACCCUCCUUGGCAAUGGCGUUUGGUGAAAAUGAAUUUACCAGAGUGGAAGAGAGGCUUGCUUGGGUGUAUAGGGGCUGCAGUCUUUGGAGCAAUUCAGCCAACCCAUGCCUAUUGCUUGGGAACAGUUGUCUCAGUCUACUUCCUAAAAGACGAUUCAUCCAUCAAAUCACAAACCAAAUUCUAUUGCUUCAUCUUCUUAGGCCUGGCGGUUCUCAGCUUCAUAGCAAAUCUCCUCCAACAUUACAAUUUUGCAAUCAUGGGAGAGCGUUUAAUUAAAAGAGUGAGGGAGAAGAUGCUUGGAAAGGUUCUUACAUUUGAGAUUGGGUGGUUCGAUCAAGAUGAGAAUACAAGUGCAGCCAUCUGUGCACGGUUAGCCACUGAAGCCAACAUGGUUCGGUCGCUGAUUGGAGAUCGUAUAUCAUUGCUGGUUCAGGUUUUCUUCAGUGCUUCUCUCGCUUUUAUGGUUGGAUUAAUAGUCACAUGGAGAUUAGCUAUUGUAAUGAUAGCCAUGCAGCCUCUACUCAUUGGGAGCUUCUAUUCGAAGAGUGUUCUGAUGAAGAGUAUGUCUGAAAAGGCCCUGAAAGCACAAAAUGAAGGAAGCCAACUAGCAAGCUUUGGUCUCUUCAGCUCACAGUUUCUGACAACAGCCUCUAUAGCUUUGACUUACUGGUAUGGAGGGAGGCUAAUGAUUCAUGGAUUAAUAACCCCAAAGCACCUGUUUCAAGCUUUCUUCAUCCUGAUGAGCACCGGUAAGAACAUUGCAGAUGCAGGAAGCAUGACUUCUGAUUUGGCCAAAGGGAGCAGGGCCAUGAGAUCUGUUUUUGCAAUCCUAGACAGGCAAAGUAAGAUUGAACCUGAAGAUCCAGAAAGAAUCAUGGUUAACAAGGCAAUUAAGGGCCGCAUAGAACUCAAGAACGUAUUCUUCUCAUACCCAACAAGGCCUGACCAAAUGAUCUUCAAGGGGCUCUCUCUCAGAAUUGAAGCUGGUAAAACAGCUGCACUUGUGGGAGAGAGUGGUUCAGGAAAAUCCACUGUCAUUGGGCUGAUUGAGAGGUUCUAUGACCCACUCAGUGGAUCAGUACAGAUAGAUCAACAUGACAUCAGGAGCUAUAAUUUGAGAAAACUGAGGUCACAUAUUGCCUUGGUGAGUCAGGAGCCCAUUCUCUUUGCAGGAACCAUCUAUGAGAACAUUGUUUAUGGGAAAGAGAAUGCUACAGAAGCUGAAAUAAGGAGGGCUGCACUUCUUGCUAAUGCUCACGAAUUUAUAAGUUCUAUGAAAGAUGGAUACAAAACUUACUGUGGAGAAAGAGGAGUCCAGCUAUCAGGGGGUCAGAAGCAAAGGAUAGCACUCGCUCGAGCAAUAUUGAAGAACCCGGCAAUCAUUCUUUUAGACGAGGCAACCAGUGCCCUUGACAGUAUGUCAGAAAAUCUAGUUCAAGAAGCUCUGGAGAAGAUGAUGGUUGGCAGGACUUGUGUAGUUGUAGCUCACCGGUUAUCCACAAUACAGAAGUCGGACACCAUAGCUGUGAUAAAGAAUGGGAAGGUUGUGGAACAAGGCUCCCAUUCUGAUCUACUUGAUGUUGGACAUGGCGGGACUUACUACUCUUUAAUAAAGCUACAGGGCAAUCAUUCUCCUUAUCGGUGAGCCAAGGCAACUGUUCUUCGGAAAGCUAUGCUUAGAUGAUUCUCAAAUAUGAAUAUUAGCAUUACAAAUGGAAUAUGACCUCUUCCUAUCUUAGCAGCCUACCUUUAUGAAGUUUCAGCAUUUGCUUACCCUGAAGGAGCA